AUGUGGAGGACCGGCCUGCUCUACCUCGACCGCGGGGACAGCUCCAUCCUCAAUGCGCUGCGCAAUGCGGGGUACGACACGCAGCAGCAGCAGCAGCAGCAGCCGCCGCCCUCGUCGCCCUCGCGCACGCCCUCGCGCCGCUUCUCCAUGGCCAGCGACACGGAGAGCGCGCUCGAGAGCAAGCUCAAGCACGAGAUGCGGGCGCAGCAGGGCGUGCAGCACUGGGUCAUGCCCGCCGACGUCAACGGGCUCAAGUUUGUGGCCAGCAGCCCCCGCGCGAGCCCCCGCACCCGCGCCCUCGACCCCGCCGACGCCCUGGGCCUGGCCACCGACGCCACGCUGUUCGAGGAGCCGCUCCUUUACUCGCUGGACCGAAUAAAGGAAGACCGCCCCCCGCCCGAAUACUUCCCCUACGACCAGCUGCAAAAGUCGCCCGACCUCAAGGACGACUCGGACGAGCCCGUCGCCGUGCACAAGCGCCGCCCCUCGCACCUGCGCUCGCCCUCGACGCCCACGCUCGAGUCGCGCCUGGCCACCACGCAGCGCUCGCGCACCCAACCCAUCCGCACAAAGACCAACGAGGGCCUCCUGCAGCUGCAGGCAAACACAACCAAGCCCCAGCGCUCCGCCAACACGCACCAGCGCCGCAUCUCGCUCGGCCUCCCCAUCAAGACGGCCAAUUCGCCCAGCGACAACCCCCGCCACCACCACCUCCAAAGCCCCACAAACACGCGCUCCCUCCUCCCCGCCACGCCCAAGCGCCUGACCAAGAAGACGCCCGCUGCCACGGCCAUCCAGCAGGAGCGCGACCUCGAGUACAAGCACCGCCACACCUUCAUCGGCACCGCCUCGCUGGACGAUUUCCUCGAGGUGCUCGACGUUUCCCCCGAGCACACGACCAACAAGGACGCCAUCAUCCGCGCCUUUAUCCUGCUUGCCUCGAGCGAACGCCUGCUCGCGCGCCAGGCGUCACUCAAGCCCGAUGGGUGGAGCGUCAUAGCCCGCACCUCUGCCGACACGGUCAACUCCGACUACGUCGAGCAGGCGCACGCCAAGCUUGGCUCCAUUGUCCUGCGCCAAUUCCUCGACCUCAUCACCUUCAACGAAGAUGAGGAGGCCAACGCCAUGAGCGUCGUCGAAGCCUUUACUGCCGCAAGCCACCUGGAUGCACAAGCGAGCAAGGCCACAGGGAGUAAGGCCAAAGCCUUUCGUAAAUGGAUGGUAAAAGCGCAGUCCGCCUAG